AUGGAAGAUCUGCAAGCGCCGGUUAUGCAGCUCGACGAGCGCGUUAAUUAUAUUCUCUAUGACAAGCAAAGCAGUCGGGUGUUGUCUGUGCUAUAUCUGAUCGGAGCAGAUCUAGACGACUAUGAGCGCUUGCUCAGAGCCCUGGUAGUCAACUUGAGUCACAUGACCACGUCGCGGGUGGUCUUUAUGCUGCAGCUGGAAGAAGCCAACGAGACGCUUCUACACAAAUUAUUCAACAUUUGCUGGCAAAUGAAGUUGCUGAACGUGCUGGUGAUAUUCGAGAGCUUUCAGUUCACAAACACCUUCUACAGCUACUCGCCGUUUCCCAGUUAUCAAUUGGAGCAGCGCGCAUUUCAUUCCAGCUCAAUCAUCUUUCCUGAUCGUCUGCGUGAUCUUCGGGGAUUUAGUGUGCGCAUUGCAAUUGGUGGCGCUGUGCCUCGCAUCAUCGCCUACUACGACAGGCAAGGUCACAUAGUCUACCGAGGCAUCCUGGGCCACUUCAUGCAUGCCUUUGGUCAGAAAUACAACUGCACGUUUACUCAGCCGAUGCCAGCCAGGCCAAAUGAGCUGCUUCCGUCGACGCAAUUGAUUGCAGCAGCGCGAAACGAUACUGUGGACAUCUCGUUGGCCAUUACGUAUCCCAUACUGCUCAGAAUGCAGUCUUAUUCGUAUCCCUACGAGCUCAUGAACUGGUGUAUGAUGCUGCCCGUGGAGGCGGAUAUUCCGCGGGCCGACUACUAUCUCUAUGUCUUUGAGCUGCAGGCAUUUGUGGUCACUGUUGUUCUCUUGGCGAUGAUUUCAGCACUGCUCUCAUCGGCUCUGAGAUCGGAAGGCCAUUCGGUCCAGAUGUAUGAGUUUCUGCUGCAUGCGAAUUGUGUGAGGGGCGUAUUGGGACAGUCUUUCCAUCAGGUGCGUCGAGCUUCGAUGCACCUGCGUUCCAUAUACCUGCAGAUCAGCUUAUUGGGAUUUUCGAUUACCACCUGGUACAAUUCCUACUUUUCGGCCUAUGUGACUAGCAUACCCAAGGUACCGCCCUACCGAAGCUACGAUGAUAUCAUGGCCUCCCAGUUGAAGGUAGUUGCAUGGGAGGCGGAGUACAAGGAGCUCUUAAGAUUCCUACCGGAAAUUCGGAAAUACGAGUCCAUGUUUCUUAUAGAGCCGAGCUUUAAUAAAUUCAUGCGAAUGGGCGACUCCUUUGACACGCGCUAUGGUUUCAUGACGACAACCAGCAAGUGGGUGGUUAUCAAUGAGCAACAGACGAUCUUCAGGAAACCACUUUUUCGGAUUCGCACCGACUUGUGCUUCUUUAAUAAUGUUCCGCUCGGAUUUCCAGUGCACGAGAACUCAAUCUAUAAGGAUAUCAUUACAAAGCUGAUCAUGCAACUGGAUGAGACGGGCCUCAAGUCGCAUUGGGGACUGAAGGGAUUUUCGGAACUAGUCGAAGCUGGUGUGAUGCAAUACUUGGAUCACAGUCUGCGACGAGAAUUCCGCGCUAUGAAGCUAGACGAUCUGGAAUAUAUUCUAUAUGGCUUUGCUUUUAUGCAGGUAUUAUCCUUGGUUGUCUUCUUGCUUGAAGUGUUUGUAAAUUGGCUGAGAGUGAGAUAA